UCUUGGGAACAUAGAGAUUGGAAAUAUUUAGAAGAAACGUAUAAACCUCCAAAAACUUGGAGUUGCCUUUCCAAUUUCAAUCAAAACUAUUGUCUGCAAAUUCCAACAGAUCUCUCUCUCUUCUCUUCGCUGUUACAGCUCGCUGUCACUUUCUUUGCCCCAUCACAAUUCACGCACAUAUAUAUAUAGCACUGCAUCUGUAAGAUAUUCUAUAUCGGUAGCAGGGAGAUAGAGACAAUAUGAUUGGCGGAGGGAGGAAGAACGCCGGCGGUCGAGCAGUGUCGCCAUUUCUGCUGGUACUUAUUUCACUGGGAUUCUUCUUCGCCACUUACAAUUUAGUCACGCUCCUCAUCCACCAACGACGUACCGCCGCCGGCGCCGGCGCUGCAGCAGGUGCUUCCGACUUGUCUACCAGAUGGCGGCUCGGCGAUAAUCCGAAAUUCCACGUCGCUCUCACUGCCACCGAUGCUCCCUACAGCAAGUGGCAAUGCCGGAUCAUGUACUAUUGGUACAAGAAGAUGAAGGAGUCGCCUGGAUCAGAUAUGGGCGGUUUCACCCGCGUAUUGCAUUCGGGCCGCCCCGAUAACCUCAUGGAAGAGAUCCCUACUUUCGUCGUCGAUCCGCUUCCCGAGGGCAUCGAUCGGGGUUACAUUGUCCUGAACCGACCAUGGGCUUUUGUUCAGUGGCUGGAGAAAGCUGUGAUUGAGGAAGAAUACAUUCUAAUGGCAGAACCUGAUCACAUAUUUGUGAAUCCUUUGCCGAAUUUGGCUGUUGAAGGGCAGGCGGUUGCAUUCCCUUUUUUCUACAUCAAACCUGUAGAGAAUGAGAAAAUCAUAAGAAAAUAUUAUCCAGUGGAGAAGGGCCCUAUAACUAAUGUUGAUCCUAUUGGCAAUUCUCCAGCAAUAAUCAAGAAGUCAACUCUGGAGAAAAUUGCUCCAACAUGGAUGAAUGUUUCUUUGAGGAUGAAAGAUGAUACUGAAACUGACAAGGCUUUUGGUUGGGUUCUAGAAAUGUAUGCUUAUGCGGUGGCAUCCGCUUUGCAUGGCGUGAGGCAUACUCUCCAUAAAGACUUCAUGCUACAGCCUCCCUGGGACCUUGAAGUCGGCAAAAAAUUCAUCAUUCACUAUACAUAUGGUUGUGAUUACAAUAUGAAGGGACAAUUGACAUAUGGAAAGAUUGGAGAAUGGAGGUUUGAUAAAAGAUCUCAUCUCCAAGGUCCUAUACCAAGGAACCACCCUUUGCCUCCUCCAGGGGUUCCUGAAAGCGUGGUGAGGCUAGUGAAGAUGGUGAAUGAAGCAACUUCAAACAUUCCUGGAUGGGAUAGUGACUAAGAAUGCAUGCCUCCUCUUAACUGUGAGAACUGUUCACUACCUGUCUGUACACGUUUCCACGCCGCCUGGUUAAGUCUUCAGGCAUUCAUUGGUCUGUAUCUGCAUCUACUGUGAGUGUGGAAGGGUGGGGGGUGGUACAUGAAGUUAACAUAAAUCUAUGAAAAAUAUAUUGGUUUUUCCAGAAUAGUAUAAUCUUCAUUUUACACAUUUCACUUGCCUCUUCUUUUUUUUUUUUUUAUCUAGUCCAAUACCAAAAGCACUUUUUUUUUUUUUUUUUUUUUUUUUUUUUUUUUUUUUUUUGUAGAGAUCUUGUUUAUGUUCGAAUUUGAUUUCAUUGUAAUCAAAUAGCAGUUUUGAUGUCAUGGUGGUGAUCAUAGCUCUUCAAUUUUGUAUUGCUUUCGCAACAUAAUACUUACCUAAUUUUACGGGAGUUUGCCAAAGGUUU